GGCUGUUUGUUAGCUUUGGUUAACGUACACCCAACGUUCUUCAACAACUCCCGCUACAAUUAAACUCUCUUCAGUGAAAUAAUAAAAAUAAUGGGUUCGUCUAAGCGUCACAAAUCAGAAAAAUCCCGAGAAGGGAAAAAACGUCGUCACCGUAGUCGCUCCAGGUCCCGAUCGCGCUCGAAAUCCUAUUCUCCAGAAAGACACAGUAGCAGACACCACAAGAAACACAAGAGAAAAGAGCGCAAAGAAUAUGACAGUGAUGUGGAGAUCGUCAGCGCCCCACCUCCUCCAAAAAUAUCCAGGCCCUCAGAAGAUGCUCCACCACCUCCAAAGAUCUCGACACGACCCCGAAGUCCUUCCCCAAAAGGAGGUGCAGCUGUUCUCAGUUGUUCCAUCGAGGAAACUAAUAAACUGCGAGCACAACUGGGUCUCAAACCCUUGGAAGUCGACACAGCCCCAUCCAAAGAGGAUCCCAACAAACUCAAGGAUGAUCUUGGUGAAUUCUAUCAUAAACCAGCAGAGAACACUGCUAGCACAGCUCUCACCCAGAAAUACAGAGAGAGAAUAGAUACUCAUAAGCAGAAACGCAAGAUCGAGGCGAAUCUUUCCAGAGUUCAGCUCCUGGGGGAUGACGACUCCAACGAUGAUGCCAAUCUGUGGGUGGAGAAGACCAGGAAACUCGCCGAAGAGAAAAAAAAAGCUGAAGACAGAGCUAAACUCCUCGAGGAGAUGGAGGCAGUCUUCGGCGUUGAAUCAUUAGUCAAAGAGGAAGUUCAGAGCGAGAGGAAGCAGGCGUAUACAGAGAGAGACCUCAGGGGUCUCAGGGUCGAGCAUGAUAUUGAAAAUUUUGCUGAGAGGAACGUCAUCCUCACAUUGAAAGAUAAAGGAGUGCUGGAUAAUGAAGACGAUGUCCUGGAGAACGUCAACAUGAGGGAUGAUGAACGAUAUAAGAAGAGUGUGAUGAAUAAAAAAAAGAAACCUGGCUACGAUGCCUAUGACGACGACAAUUUCGAUGAGUUUGGUCUCCCGAAGAAUAAAGUCCUUGAGAAAUAUGACGAGGAGAUCGACGGAGAACGAAAGCAGUUUUUCGCCCUGGGGGUGGACAGUGCUAAGGAGGCAGAUCGACGGAGAUCAGAGAUUAUUAAGCAGAAGCUCUCGAAUAAACGACUUGAGACUAUUAAACCCACUGAACUCAAAUUAGCCAGUGAGUAUUAUAAUGAAGAAGAAUUGUCAAAAUUCAAGAAGAUAAAAAAGAAGAAAAAGGUGAAGAGAUCGCUUAGGAACAAAGUUCUCACGGCCGACGACUUGAUACCGGAUACUGAUUAUCUCAGGGAUCUCGGCAGCAGGAGGAGAAAACGUCCGGGUGACUCGUCAGCUCGUGAUUCAUUCAAGGAAGAGAUUAAGACAGAGGACGAAUACAGGGAGGAGCUCCAGUUUAGUCGCAAGCAGCAGAAGCUCCUAAAACCUUCGAAGCAGAAUUGGGAGACAAUUGCUGAUUUGAUCAAGACCGAAGUCGAGGAGGUUGAGGACAAUGGGGGAAAUAUUGAGUUCGUGGCAACUGCUGAAUUCUGUAGGACUCUCGGGGAUAUUCCGACUUAUGGGCUGGCUGGCAACAGGGAAGAUAAUGACCAGGAUAUCAUGGACUUUGAGGAGCCUGAGGUGAGAGAUGAGGUGGCUCAGGAGGAGGAUGAUGGGCGUGGGGCUUGGAAUACUGUUGAGGUUGAGGAGAAAUUGGCUGAGCCGGUUGCUAUCGAGGCUGCUAUUCUCGAUAUUGAGCCUUCCUUGGGACAGGGCGUCGGAGGAGCGCUCAAGUUGGCGAUGAGCAAGGGUUAUUUGCAGAAGGAGGACACCAACAGACCCUCUAUCAGUCGAUUCGCUCAUCUUCAGGCGCAGAAUUACUCCAUCGAGGAUAAGACUUAUGGGGAUGAUGAUAAAUUUGGGAGGAGGGAUAGGUUCAAUGGACCCACGUCUGAAUUCAAGGAACGGGAUGGCUUCAAACCCAAUCCCAAGUUGGAGUACAUUGAUGAUGAUGGGCAUGUACUGACACCCAAGGAAGCUUUUAGAUAUUUAUCUCACAAGUUUCAUGGGAAGGGUCCUGGUAAGAAUAAGGUGGAGAAGAGGAUGAAGAAGGCUGAGCAGGAGGUGCUCAUGAAGAGGAUGUCCUCCACUGAUACCCCUUUGGGAACUCUGAAUCUUCUUCAGGCUAAGCAGAAGGAGACUCAAUCACCUUUCAUCGUGUUGAGUGGUAGCAAACAGAUGAAUACGACCAUCUCAAAAUCUAAACACUGAUUUUAAUUGGAGAGAAAAAAGGGAAACAAAAUGAGUUUGGAUUUCAUUGGGAUGGGCCUGUUCGUGGAAUGUUUAUGAAUAAAUUUUUUUGGUUGGAAGUUAAAUGAUGUGAUGACCCGAAUUUUUUUUUGCUAAUUUAAAUCAGAAAUGGAUAUCGGCAAUCCUUUUUUCGAGAGAAGUAAAUGAAUUUAGGACACUGUAUUUGUAUAUAGAUUUCGAAGAAUUACUUUUAUUCUGAUUGAAGAAUUUCGGCGGAUUUCUUAGGAAAUAAUGAGAAAUUAUUGUGAAAAUAAAUUGCAGAAAUAGUGGAAAGAAUCGGAACAUGAAUUUCUAUUCUAUCUAUCUGAGAAAUUCAAAAUAAAUACGAGGCUUGAUUGAAAUCGUCAGUUCUUUUUUUAAUGUAAGGUAUAUUUACCUUAAAUUCCAGUUGACUUUUAUAUGGGCCCGUUGAUCUUCAAGAUAUCACCAAUGGACCGAGUCAUUGAAAUGGAAUCACGCAUAGGGUAUUGUUUUCUCGAAAAUAAAAAAACAUUUCACAUCGCAAAAAAUUGAAUUUACUUCGAAUAAAUCCAUGCACGUUCAUAAUUCUAUUGCUUUUCCAUUCAUCAAAAGACUGCGAAGAUACAACAAUCGCAAGAUUUUUUUUUAUUCAAUUACGUGUCUAAUCACUAUUACAAUGCGUUAAUAUGGUGCGCUUGGACGACGAUAUUCCUAUGACGAAAAUAUCCAAUCCAUUUUUUUUUGUUUUUGUUUUUUUUUCUUCAUAUGAAAAUGUUUCCAUGGUGGGUAUGACAUUGAAAAAGGGGGAUGAUUGUUUAUAAAACCCUACAGUCUACAAAAAUUGCCCGAAAAUCUUAAACCUCAGAUAUUUAUCCUCAUUCAGAAACACUCCUGAGUACUAUCAAAUAUCCUCAUUCACUUAUUCAUCUGUUUAUGAAAAAAUGGAUUCUUCAUUGUUCAUAAGUUGUGACAAAAAUCUGUUUCCCUCAGUUUCCGUUUGUAUAACAAAAUGUUUAUCCAUUUUUACUCAAAAUGCAUCUCAAUUAAGCUCGUCAACACUCAAAAAUCUUCAUUCUUUUCUUACCUACAUCAAUCCUUUUUUGUUCGUUUUUACUUGGAAGCGACUACAUUUAUAGUCCUAAUCAGCGAGAAUUCAUUUCAAGCAUCACAAUAUUUCUGAACAUCUUCUAACUUAAAAAAAAUGCGUUGUUUACAGUCGGAAUAUAAAGCGGUAAGGAACAGUAACUGAGUGAAAAAUAUCAUAAGUUCUCGUACAUCAUUACAUAUUUUUUUUUUCUACACGACAUUUAAACAAAGGUGACAUUUUCUAUUAAAAAAUUUUAGAAGAAUUCUUUUUCAUUAUUUGAAAAUGAACAAAAUCGAUUUAGCGUCUAUCUCAUGUUCAUCAAAUAAGUUAAUAAUAUUUAUCACCAUUAAAUAAUUUUGAAACGAUUCAAACGGAGUAUCGUGAGAUUGUGCAGAGAAAAAUUUGUAAAAUAAGAUGAAAAUUUUAUGUAUUCCGAAUAUUGCGUUCUUUACCACUCCACAAUUUUUUCCUUGGAAGUACGAAAACAUCGUUAUGUGAUUAAAAAACACAUUAAAAGUAAUUAAGAAUAAGUUAUUAAAAUUACAGAGAACAAAUAAGGUAAAAAAAUUAUCAUGAAAAAUUACUGAUAGCUUACACUGAUAAUGCCUCUUUCGUCUCCUCGUGACCCAUACAAUUCAUUAUUCCAUUUUCAUUAAUGUUAAUGAUAUUAAAAAAAUCGUAGUUUUUUAAAACCAAUGAUAUGAAUCAAUUCGAGUAUUAAGUUAUUUCAGCAUUUCGAGAAUGUCAAGACUAAGAAUUGAAUGAAAUUCAUUACGGAUGGUAUCGGUGAUUCAAACUGACCGAGCAUGUUUUCAUUAACUUUGAAAUAACAUUAAAACUACAAUCGAGACCAUUGUUUGCUUAAUUGUAUUUUCAUAUCGUAGCAAACGUUAAUUUUUCGUUUCCCUCAUCACUCAAUUCGUCGUUAGGUAUUUUCGUAUUGAUUAUCACAGCUCAUUACUGCUAAUUGUAUUUAGUAUUUUUUCUAUUUGCUGUUCGAGCUGUGACUACAGAACCCCUGAGUGAUUACCACGAUCAAAGUUCGAUCUCGAAUUUUCUUCCCUCGUAUGCACGUAAUGAAAUAAAUCUUUGGCAGUUUAUUUUCUUCUUUGUUCGUGAAAAUCUGCAUUUUUUGUUUCAAUAUCAUCAAAAAUCGAGCACAAUUUUAUCAUUCAGUUGAUUAAUUUUUGCCUAAUUUGUGGUUCUUCCAUAUUCACCUGAUUUAAACGUUGAUUUCAAGUUUCCUCUAAAGUGAUAGAACAGAAAGUGAAUUAUCUCGGAAACAAGUACUUUCACGGAAAAAUGAUAAAAGCCAUUUUCGUAGAGAAUUUUCUCUACUAAAGGAAGACGCUUCAACUUUUCCAAGAAAAUACCUCACCUUCCGGACAAUUCGUAGCAAAGGUUUUACUACUUCAAUAAAAAAUUUCUUGUUCGUUCAAUUCAUGACUCUUCGUCAUUCCCCAAACAAUUUUAUCACAUCAACGAUUCCUUAAAUCAAUCUAAAUGAGGAUAUGCGGGUGAGAUAAUUGAAUUGAGAUAUGUAUCUACAAAGCGGUUAAAACUACUUACAGACGUCGAUGGUUAACUCUAAUUUACUUCCACAAAUUGAAUCGUCGUUUUGGUAAUGGGACAUUUAGGUUUUCUUACAUUUGCUUGAGCAGGCAGUAUGUUCGUAUCAAAACGUUCACAGCAGAUUAAAAUUUUUUUACUUUGAUUAAAUAAAAGUAAUGCAGAGAUCCAUCGAUGAUGUUCUGUAUUAAAAUGGCAAAAAGUAAUGAAGCGAUCGCAAUUUUAUUGCGCAUUCCAGAAAAUUAUUCAGCAAUCGAUACGUUUAGAUAAGUCUUUCCGGCGGUUUGUAACAGAAU